AAUGCAUUGCUAGCCACGGUGGCGCUCCUCCUCCUCCUCGCCAUCGUCCUCCGCCGUCGUCCCACCAAACUCAACCUCCCUCCCGGCCCCAAACCUUACCCCAUCAUCGGAAACCUCAACCUCAUCGGACCACUCCCCCACCGUUCCAUCCACGAACUCACCCGAAAACACGGCGAGAUCAUGCACCUCAAAUUCGGUUCCAUCGACGUUGUCGUCGGUUCCUCCGUUGAAAUCGCCAAAUUCUUCCUAAAAACCAUGGACACCAACUUCAUCUGCCGCCCAAAAACGGCCGCCGGAAAAUACACUACCUAUAAUUACGCCGAUAUCACAUGGUCUCCGUACGGACACUACUGGCGGCAAGCUCGAAAACUGUGUGUUAUGGAGCUUUUCAGUGCAAAAAGAAUGGAAUCAUUCGAGUAUAUUCGAGUGGAGGAAAUGAAGUCGCUUUUGAUGGAGGUUAGACGGACGUCCGGGGAGGGAUUUGUGUUGAAAGAUUUAUUAUCGACGAUGAGUUUGAAUGUGAUUAGUCGGAUGGUGCUGGGGAAGAGUUAUUUGGAUGAAUCGGUGGUGGCCGGCGGUGGCAGGAGGACGGUGGUUAGUGGGAAGGAGUUCAAGGAGAUGUUGGAUGAGUUGUUUUUGUUGAAUGGGGUUUUUAAUGUUGGAGAUUGGAUUCCAUGGAUGGGUUUUAUGGAUUUGCAAGGGUAUGUGAAGAGGAUGAAGGUGGUGAGCAAGAAGUUUGAUGGGUUUUUAGAGCAUGUUUUGGAGGAGCAUGAUGGGCGGAGGAGGGCGGAGGGUGAGGGUUUCGUGGUGGCGGACAUGGUGGAUUUGCUUCUGCAACUUGCGGAUGAUCCUACUCUUGAGGUUAAGCUGGAAAGAAAUGGCGUCAAAGGGUUUGCGCAGGACUUGCUUGCUGGUGGAACAGAAAGUUCAACGAUGACAGUAGAAUGGGCAAUUACAGAACUCUUGCGGAAACCAGAAAUAUUUGAAAAGGCAACGGAGGAGCUUGAUCGAGUGAUAGGCCGAGAUAGAUGGAUCAAAGAGAAGGACAUAUCCGACCUUCCUUACAUCAAAGCAAUUGCUAAAGAGGCCAUGAGGUUACAUCCAGUGGCACCACUGUUGACACUUAGAAGGACGCGUGGAGAUUGUACAGUAGCGGGUUAUGAUAUUCCAAAAGAUACCCGAGUGAUUGUUAGUGCAUGGACCAUAGGAAGAGAUCCACGGUUGUGGGAUAAUCCUCUGGAAUUUUGUCCAGAAAGAUUCAUUGAGAACGAAAUUGAUGUGAAAGGUACCAACUUCAAGUUUUUGCCGUUUGGCGCAGGCCGAAGGAUGUGCCCUGGUUACAGUUUAGGAAUAAAGACGGUUGAGUCAAGCUUGGCAAAUUUGCUUCAUGGAUUCAAAUGGAAACUACCUGGUCAAAUGACAAGACUUGAUAUCGACAUUGAGGAAAGAUACGGGUUGUCGACUCCCAAGAAGAAUCCACUGGUCACCGUUGCUCACCCAAGGCUUCCACUUGAAAUGUAUUCGCUUUGA